AUGAAAGAAAUAAAAAGCCUCUUUUUAGCUUUAUUGAAAAAAGAUAGCUCCAAAUCUAAUCAAAGCUUAACCGAAGAAGACACGAAAUCUACAACCAACCCUCAGACCAGCAUUUCUCGAGUUUUCGACUCUGAAAUCGACGAUUCUUUCUUCGGAUCCAUAAGUGAAGGUAACGAGUCGGUUCUUGUCCAAAAAAUCCCAAGACGAAGCUCCCAGCCUGCCUCAGCUAUUCCUCUGACACACUCCAACUCAAUGAACGAAGCACUUUGGCAAGCUGCUCUGCAAAAUAAGGCCGAACUAUGCCGAGAAUUGUUACAAAAAUCCUUCUAUGGUGAUGCAGUGGCUGAUGUAAACUUUAAAGGUGACAAUAAUGACACUUCCUUGCACGUCGCUGCCCAAGAAGGCUUCCUCAGGGUUUGUGAGAUCUUAUUAGACUAUGGGGAGAGAACUGAUAUUGAUGCCAAAAAUUCCCAGGGAAGAACCGCUCUUCACAUUGCCUGCAUGAAUGGCUACUUGCAGCUUGCCCAGCUUUUGGUAAGAUCAGGAGCAGAAAUAGAUGUCACAGAUAACGAUGGAAACACUCCUUUGCACUUGGCGUCUCAAAACUCUCACAAUGGCCUGCUUAUUUGGCUUUUAUCAAAAAAGCCAAGCUUAUUUAUAGAAAACAACCAAGACAAAACGGCAGCUGAAGUGGCAGGCUCAGAGGAGACUGACAAAAUCUUCCAAAAAUACAUAAAUAAAUCAGGCUCCCAGACUCCGUCUUCUGGGUCUAGGGUGGAAACUCAAAGGGUUAGUAUAUUAUACAUGUCGACUGCUGAAGAGCCACAAAAUCCUGAAAAAGUGAGUCCUUUUGACUUCGAGCUAUUGCAAGAGCUUGGGAAAGGCAGUUUUGGCGAAGUCUACCUCGUAAGGAAAACAGCCACACAAAACCUUUACGCCAUGAAAGUUUUAAGAAAAGACAGAAUCAUGGCACAAAAUUUGAUAAAAUACGCUCUGACUGAAAGAAAUGUAAUGAGCUACGUGAAGCAUCCUUUUAUUGUAUCUUUAAACUAUGCAUUCCAAACCCCAGAAAAACUUUUUUUAAUAUUAGACUACUGCCCAGGAGGGGAUUUAGGAUUAAUGCUUACAAAAGAGAAAAGGUUUUCUGAAGAAAAAGCAAAAAUUUAUCUGGCAGAAGUAACGCUUGCUUUAGAAGAACUGCAUAAAAAAGGGAUCAUUUUUAGAGAUCUUAAGCCAGAUAAUGUCGUAAUUGAUGAAGAAGGCCAUGCUCUUUUGACUGAUUUUGGAUUAUCAAAAGAAGGAGUCCAUGAUAAUUAUGUCACAAAAAGCUUCUGUGGAUCCCUUGCAUAUCUGGCUCCAGAGAUGAUAAGAAGGCAAGGACAUGGGAAAUCUGUAGACUGGUAUUUACUUGGGGUUUUGUUAUAUGAAAUGCUGGUGGGCAUACCACCUUAUUUUUCAGCAAACCGAGAAGAAUUAAUUUCAAAUAUACAAAAAGGAAAACUGAGGCUGCCGUCAAGCUUGAGCACAGAAGCAAAAUGUUUGAUUAAAAAUGUAAGGGAUAUUUAGCUGCUUCAGAGGGAUCCGAAUAUUAGGCUUGGGGCGAGAAAAGAUGCAGAAGAAAUCAAAAGCCAUGAAUUUUUCAGAGGAAUUGACUGGCAAAGCGCCUUAAGGAGAGAGUUAAGGCCGCCGAUCCCUGAAAGAAAAGAACUCAAGCAAGAAAAUAUUGACCCGAUAAAAGUGUAUGGAGAUCUGAGUAUUGGAGAACAAGGAAACGCGAUUUCAGGGUGGUCUUUUGUAUCUUGCUAG